UUUGUCAUUUUUCUUAAAUUUUAGGAUUCUGAGAAAUUUCCUUUUUUUUUCAUACUGAUGUCAAUAAACUAUUUUAAAUUUGAUUGCGAUGAUGAUCUGUGCAAAUAUCAUGGAAUAGCUCAUCUACACUGCGGACACAAACGGUGUAACUUUGCAUCAAAUGAUGCUCUUUUGAUAUCAAAUCAUCUUUCCGUGUUCCAUUUAAAAAACUCUGAAAUUCCUGACGACCGAAUAUUCUAUCAUAUCGACGUCUCAUGUGGAUCUGACAGGUGUCAGUUUAACCGAAACAGUUCUCAUUGGCACUGUGCCAAAUGUCAAACGGGAUUUGAAAUUGUUGGUCUCCAUUGUUGUCCAAUCACUUCCCUUCCCAAACGGCUUGAUUCCUGUUCUCGUCCGUUCUGCAAGCUCAAAAAGAAAGCACACUUUCAUUGCAAAAUUUGUGAUCAGGGUUUCUCGAAUAACACAAAAUUGGCAAAUCAUACACAUCGGACUCAGAAGCUGCAAAAAAAUAUCUGCAUAGAAAAUGGAAAAUUGAAACCGAAAAAAACCACUCCGAGGGAUUUUUUCGUGCUUCGAGAACCUAUUAGGUUUACGAUGGAAGAACAUUUUGGAGGAGGGAGUGUGAAAGAAGAAUAGGAUCUUAAUUUUUUUUUUACUUUUUUACAUAAAGUUAAAAAAUAUA